AUGACACUCCGAGAACCGAAAAAGAGAAAACUAUCUCCCACGAUAACAAGCAACAGUGAUAAAAUUGAAAAUGAUGAAAAUAUAUGCGCGGACAUACUCGAUUCAGAAAAAUUUAAUUUUGCCAAUUUAUUUCAAAUGGAUGAUAUGGUGUUUGAGAUUUUACGAUUUCUUGAUUGGAAAUUUAUUUUACGUGUGUGUAUGAGAGUUUCAAAACAAUGGAAUAGUAAAUCAUUAGACAUUCCACUCACCAUAUCAAUUUCUGAACGCAGAAGUAUGGGUCAGCAUUGUUUGAAAUGCAUUGCUCAUUGUGAGAGUUUAAGGAAUUUGACAUCUCUCUCAUUAUCACACAAUAAUAUGAAGCCCAAUGAGAUUGAGCUCAUUGUAACUGCUGAGAAUAUGAAAAAUGUCACCUCAUUGAAUUUAUCUGGUAACAAACUCGUCCCUUCUACCAUUAACAGCAUUACCAAAUGCAUGGACAAGCUAACUUCAUUGUAUUUAUCUUGCUCACAAAUCAACUGUGAAUCUGUUAAAAAUAUUGCUAUUAGCGAGAAGAUGAAACGCUUGAAAACUUUGGAUUUAAGCUCCAACCUUAUUGGCCCAAUUGGGGUUAAACAUAUUGCUGAGAGCGAGAAUUUAAAAAAUUUAAUAACCAUCGAUUUGUCUUGGAAUGCUAUUGGUCCGAGUGGUGCUAAAUAUUUUGCCGAUAAUUUUGAAAAUGUUAAAAAUUUAAAGGUACUCCAUUUGAUAGACACAGGCAUACUUUCUGAUGGUGCUUCCUUUAUUGCAAGUAGUGAAAUUAUGAAAAAUCUAACGUCUCUCAAUUUGUGUGAUAACGAUAUUGGCACGAAAGGGGCAACGUGCAUUGCGUCUAGUCCACACACAACGAAUCUUAAAACACUUGAUCUCUCUGGCAAUAAUAUUGGAUCUGACGGAGCCUUAUUUAUCACCAGCAGUGUACAUUUAAAGAAUUUAACAGAACUAUAUUUACAACGCAAUAAUAUUGGCUCUGAAAGCAUGAUGCAAAUUGCUAAGAGCCCGAAUUUGAAAAGUGUGACACAAUUAGAUUUGUCUUCCAACAACAUAAACGACACUGGCACUCAGUACAUUGCGAAUGGUGUCAAUUUGUUGAAUUUAAGAAUCUUACGACUGAGAGGGAAUGGCAUUACUUCAACUGGAGUUCACUACAUUGCCAAUAGUGAGAAUUUGCAGAACUUGACAUUGUUAGACUUGUCCACUAACCGUGUUGAUGCUGAAGGAGCUAAAUUCAUCGCCAACAGCCAAACAUUACAAAAUAUCACAGCGUUAAAUCUGUAUGAUAAUUGUAUUGGUUCUAAAGGAGCUCAACUCAUACUCAACGGUGUGAAUUUAAAAAAUUUGAUGGAACUGAACUUGAUUUAUAAUCAAAUUGGCACGGACAAUGCUAAUGUCCUUGCAAACCACAACAACAAUAAGCAAAAGAAACUCAAAUUUUUCUAUUAA